UGCGCGGUGACGCAGCAUCAGCUGACUGCAGAGGAACUGCUGUUCGGUCGACCUUCGUAGAGCGGCUCUGCAGGUUCUGCUCCAGGUUCUAGCUCCGGUUCUCCGCGCUCCUUGUCCCCAGCAUGGCGAGUCAAUCCCACGGCAUCCAGCAGCUGCUGCAGGCCGAGAAGAGAGCGGCCGAGAAGGUGGCGGAAGCCCGCAAACGUAAAAAUCGGCGUCUGAAGCAGGCGAAGGAGGAGGCUCAGGCUGAGAUCGAACAGUACCGCCUGCAGAGGGAGAAGGAGUUUAAGACCAAAGAGGCUGCUGCUCUCGGUUCCCAUGGCAACAGCGCAGUGGAGGUGGACCGUGACACAGUAGAGCGGAUGGGGCGUAUCCAGGAGAGUUACCGCGGUAACCGGGAUGCGGUGCUGACCGAGCUGCUGCGGCGUAUCUGCGACAUUCAGCCAGAGUUUCACGCUAACUACCGCGUUGCUGGCUAAGGGGCGGGGCCAACAGUAUGACGGGGAGAGCGGGAAAACACAGGAGACACGGACACUAGCAACGUUAGCUUGGAUAACAGCUGAAACUGGAGAGCUUUUACCUUGAAGGCACAUGUUUCCUGUGUGUUCCUGCUGCGCUGGAAGACAACCGUCAGUUUUCAUUGUUGUGUCUGUGCUCACGUUUACAAAUUAUUUAUAUGUCAAAAUUAAAUGUUUGUUUCCUUAAAUUCUUCCUGAAUCUUAGAAAAUAAAAGCCUUUCUUGUUGAAAACCUUAAAAAAAA